AUUUUUAGUCUUACAGUUUUAAUUAUAACAUUAUAUUAUUUAGACUUAUAAUUUUAAAUAUUUAUACUAUAUAGUCAUUUUAUUUUAAAAUUUAGAAAUUCGAUAAUAAUUAUCUCUAAAAUAUAUCGUCUCGCAUAUUAUGUUACCUCUGACAUUUAGAUAAAAGGAUUAAUUCUAUCAUGAAAAAUAUUAGCAAUAGGUGACUGUCUGAUAUUCUUCAUCUAUUAGUUAAAAUGUAUUUAUUAUAUUUCUCAAUCUUUAAAUAGAUAUACAAUUCAACCAAUACUAGCACGAAGAAUGUCAACAGUUACUUGGAAAAAGUGAGUAUUGCUAGUAUCUGUCUUCUCCCCUUAGUCCUAAAGCUGCGUUUACUGAGUAAUUAACAGUUACUCCUUUAUCAAGAAGAUUUCAGAGAAGCUCUGCUGCAUAAACACAGAAUCUCGAGAUUGCUCUGUUCCACAAUGACUUCACUUGCAGGCAAAUCCCAGGAUGAGAUCUUCACUGUUAGAAGAAAACCAACAAGAUUUUUCAAGAUAAUCCUUGAAAAUACUAUCCGCGAGGGAAAACUUGGGAUUCCCACAAAGUUUGUGAAAGAUUAUGGAAAUUGUUUAUCUAGUCCAGUAACCCUUACAGAUCCCACAGGCAACUCAUGGAAAGUAGAUUUACUGAAAAAUGGGAAUGAUGUUUGGCUAGAAAAGGGUUGGCCGGAAUUUUCCGAGAAUCAUUCUCUGAAAUAUGGGCAUUUCUUAGUUUUUGAAUACAAGGGAGAUAGCCAUUUGCAUGUGUUUAUAUUUGAUGAGAGCGCUGUAGAGAUUGAGUAUUCAGGGAAGCUAAACUUUGAUGGAAACUCACCAUUGCCCAAGAAACAAGAAGAUGGUGAUCAAGAUAUCAUUUAUCUUCAUACAACCAGGAGUGGCAACCAAUCCAAAGAAAAGCAGAAACAAGUCAUGGCUGCGAAGGGUAGGAAUUGGCAGAUUGAAAGGCCUAAAUCGGCAAAAACUUGUGGAGCUCUUCAAGCUGCCAACAACUUCAUCUCUAACUAUCCAUUCUUCAAGGUUCUUUUAAGGCGAACUCUUGAUGUGAACGUUCCCUUCAGUUUGAUCAGGAGAUAUAUGAAGUGUGAAUCACAGAUUCUGAUGCUUCAUGUUGCUGAAAAAUCUUGGCCUGUAAAGUUGAAUGUGUAUUCAAAUAGGCGAAUAGCUUCGUUAGCUCGUGGUUGGACAGCAUUUGCAAGGGAAAAUUGUCUGGAAGCUGGAGAUAUUUGCAUCUUUGAGAUGAUUGAGAGGAAUGUGCUGAAUGUGUUCAUGUUCAGAUGUGCUUGUUAAAAUGCCUGAUUUUCAGUCUUUUUUUUCUAUUAUCAGUCCAUUGCACGGAAGAACUCUGUUUUUGCAUCAUUUGGCAUGUAUUUAUUUUGAGAAUGCUGCAGAAUUUGUUGGAAUCCAAUUCAACUGAAAUUGAUUUUCAAG